AUGGAGGAUCGUGCAGCGAAAGCGGCACGCGCACGAAAGCAGGAGACACAGCGGAAAAAAAUUGAGCAGGCCGACACACAGACCAUCUCGCACUUGGACGCACACGCUGGGCCGCCAACAGCCCACAAACCGACUGGCGGCUCGGACGAUGUAUCGAGCUUGUUUGACGCGCCUCAAGAAGGUCUACCAAAGCUGUUUGCACCGCGAGCACGUGUCGCUGAGCCACCGAUGUGGGCGUCGCUCGAAGCAGAGGAAGGUGCGCGUGCGGUAGGACAGGGCGACUUUCAUACUUCGAUGUGGCUGCACGGCGCCAAUGCGCCGGGAGCUGUAGAUGUUUUUGAGGAUCCAUUCCCCGUACGUGCGGAUGAUAAUAGCGCAUAUGCGCAGCUUGGAGCUGCAGAACAAGGAUCCUAUGACCCAUUUGCGUCGGAUACCUAUGACGCGCACGGUACGAACGCCCCGGACGAGGAAUAUGCAGACCACUUGUUCGGCAGCGCAGGUGCACAGCAGAAGCCACUAUUUAAUACGGAGCAGCCCUUGCAUGAGCACACUGCCGAUUUGUCGCUGCAUGCGAUGGAAUUCGAACAGAGUCGCGAAGGCGAUCGAUCCCAGGAUACCACCAUUGUCACGCCGCUGGACGAGGUGGGAGAAGUGUAUACAAGCAAUCCUGAGGACGCCGCUGCAUAUGAUGCACACUCUGAGCAAGAACAAGAGUCCGAGACGGUGCCGGACGAUUUGUUUGGCGAGGAUGCGUCUGCAAACACAGAUGCACAACAGGACGUAUUUGGAGCGCCGCACACCGAUGCCGCAAAUGUAUAUUCACCAGCACCGGAAAGUGCAGGUCCUGAGUCAGAGGCAGUUCCUGAUGACUUGUUCGGACCGAAUGACUAUGCCUUCUUUGGCGAGUCGCGCGAUGCAAAGGAUGCAUACGCCGCCGAAGCACCUUGCGCGCCGGAUGCACCCGCAGACACUCUUUUUUACAGCGGGCUCCCGGCACAAGCCCCGGACGCGGAGCCGGCCGACGCUGCAGCAUACACUGCGGAUGGUCUGUUUGGGCCAACAGCAGCAGCAAAACGCGACGAUGACAUGCUAGAACCGGCGUCCGCAGCACCGGCCCAGCUUAGCAGGGAAACACAACCAAUGUUCUUUUCGAACCAGGUCAUUUUAGAUUCACCCGCACAAGACGAGUGCUUUUCGCUCGGUGCCGACGACUACGCGCCAGAGCAAUGGCAAGAAACAACCCAACGACUUGCGCUGCUUGAAAAGGAACGCGAACAACUCCUUUCGAAUGCGAACGAUGCCACCGUUCGAGCGCGCGAGCUGCAAAACACAGUCGACCAACUGCAGCGCGCCUUGUCACACACAACGUCUGGCCAGCAUAGAUUACAGCAGGAGCUUGCCGAUGCGCAAACAGAAAUGCGCGCGCAAGCCGAAGCGCAGCGCUUGGAGAGGGAUUCGAUGCGCGCCGAACUCGCUACUCUUCGUGAGUUACGUGCGCGCUUGGAGCAGCAGCUCGCCACAGAGACGGCCAAGACACAAGCGCGUAUACUCGAGCUCGAGAGUGAACUGUCGCAAAAGUCAGACGCGCUUGUUGGCCGGCGCACGAUUUCGAAUCCUGUGCAGCCGGCGCUGGGAAGAGCACAUAGGAGGAGUGCCACGUCUGCGUUUGUCUCCGCGCCGCGUCUUUCUACACUUGCUGAGCGGGAGUCGCUUCCUGUGUCUCCGCGGCCACGUCUCCCUGCGCAAGAGCCACGCAAACCUUCUCACUUACGCGAAGACAUUUCUCCCGCCCAGCGCCACCAACGUCGUCAAAGCCUGCAGAUGCUCAGAGCACGGAUGGACGACGCAGAGGCAUCCCAAGCAGCAGCAACACAGGCCCAACUGCCCACUAGCACGCUCUCCAUUGUUCAGGGCGGCGAUGCAGCAGUGCCGGCAAUGCAAGACGCGAACUCGACGCCAGCGCCUAAGCGGAAUCAGCCGAACCAGUUCUCCAACGAUGCGCUGCUUUUCUGCUCGUCGUGCCAAGGUGACUUAAUAAUAGUAUAG